AUGGCGCGGUCGAGUUCGAAAUGGAAUAUCUGGCGGGCCGCCGCUGUGGCAACAACCUUUGCAACAGGUGUUCUCGGCGAUAGCGUCCUGACCACCAGCAGUUUCACCAACUGUAAUACGGACUCGAGCAUUGUGGUGAACAACGUCGACAUCACCUACAACAACGACGACAAGAAAGUGGUGUUCGACGUGUCGGGAACGAGCAACAAGGUCCAGAAUGUGAGCGCGGAGUUGAAGGUAACCGCAUACGGCCAGGACGUAUAUACCAACAAGUUCAACCCCUGUGACACGGCCACCUAUGUCGAGCAAUUGUGUCCUGUGCCAUCCGGCACGUUCAGUGCCAAAGGCAGCCAGGCUAUUCCUUCAGAUUACGCCAACAAGAUCCCAGCAAUAGCAUUCUCGGUUCCCGAUAUUGCAGCAAACGCCCAACUGACCCUGACGUCUCUCGAUGACGGAAAGGAGGUUGGUUGUAUCCAAUCCCAGGUCACCAACGGCAAGACAGCUAGCGUUGCGGCCGUCUCGUACAUUAUGGCUGGAGUCGCCGGCCUAGCUCUCAUUGCCUCUGGAGUCUCGGCCAUCGGCUCUGCGCUCUCAGGAGCCGGAGCGGCAAGCAGUGGAGGCGGUGCCGGAACCGUCAGCCCCAGCUUUGGUGAGGUCAUUGGUGUAUUUCAAGGCUUUGCGCUCAAUGCCAUGCACUCGGUCAACUACCCCCAGGUAUACAAGUCGUUUGCGAAGAAUUUUGCCUUCUCGACCGGUAUCAUCCCCUGGGCAUCGAUGGAGAGAUCGAUCGACAACUUCCGCAACAUGACCGGUGGAAAUUUGACAGAGAACAGCUUCGAUUUCUUGCAGAAUGCAACCCUGGUAUACCCCGACGGGUCGACGGCAACUCCUGACAAGUCAAUUCUCAAACGCGCCCUGGAUGAGUUCGCGACAAGCUUGCUUGUCAUGCGAGAUGAUCUGGAAACCUCAGUCAACUCCUCCACAACAGCCGAAAAUGCCACAACCACUGAGUCGACCUUCAAGACUGCUGUCUCUGGGAUUGAGGGCUACGUUGAGCAGUUGGCUGUACCCCAAGCCAACACAUAUAUGACCGUUCUGUUGAUUGUUGCCAUUAUCAUUGCGGUCAUUAUUGUUGGCAUUCUACUCGUAAAGGUCAUCCUUGAGGCUUGGGCCCUGUUCGGGAGCUUCCCGAAAGGAUUGACGGGAUUCCGAAAGCACUACUGGGGAUCCAUCGCACGUGCCAUCACCCACCUGAUUCUGCUUCUGUACGGCGUCUGGGUCUUGAUCAGUCUAUACCAGUUCACAAAGGGUGACUCAUGGGCUGCGAAGACUCUGGCUGGUGUCACCCUGGCCUUGUUCACUGGUAUCUUGGCUUUCUUCUCCUACAAGAUUUGGAGCACCGCGCGGAAGCUCAAGAAUGCCGAAGGUGACUCCCGUGGUCUGUACGAAGACAAGAACAUCUGGGUCAAGUAUAGCUUGUUCUACGAAUCAUACAAGAAGGACUACUGGUGGGUGUUUGUGCCGGUCAUUGUUUAUCUACUAGCCAAGGGUUGCGCCCUGGCCGUACUCGAUGGAAGCGGCAUGGCUCAGACGAUUGCACAGCUGGCCAUCGAGGCUGUUAUGCUGGGACUUCUGCUCUGGAGCCGACCGUUUGAGCGCAAGUCUAGCAACGUGAUCAACAUCAUGAUCCAGGUUGUACGUGUUCUCUCGGUGGUGUGCGUUCUGGUUUUCGUGGAGGAAUUUGCCAUCGCACAGACGACCCAGACUGUUGCUGGCGUUGUCCUCAUCGCCGUGCAGUCGGCCCUUGCCGGUAUCCUCGCGCUGCUGAUUGCAUGGAACGCUAUCGUCGCCUGUUGCAAGGAAAACCCUCACCGCAAGCGCAGAAAGGAGAUGGAGAAAAUGCAGCGUGACAUGGACACAUUGACCCCAUUAGAUGCACGCAACUCCCUCCUUCUCGACCGGGUGCACUCCAAGGAGGGCACAACCUUCUCGUUGGCCGACAACGUCCAUGAGAGCAAACAGCCUCUGGCCCGCGGCCAGUCGCCCGAGCGCUACCUCGGUACAUCCGAGCCUGCCAACCCGUACUCUGUGGCCACUUACAACAGGCCCUUGACACCGAGUACGCCUUACAACAAUGACCAGAGCAGAGACCAGCUGUUGGGCAGUGCUGCGCCGAUGGGCAGACAACCCACGUUGCCCAACGUAGGGUAUGGCGGUGGGUAUGGUAAUGCGGGAGGAUAUGCGGGAUUCCGAUAG